GUCAAACGAGCUCUUUGCGCUCUCUCUCUAGAGCCGCUCUAACGACGAUGGCCUGAGAGAGAGACAGAACAGAGAGAGAGAGAGAGAGAGAGAGAGAGAGAGAGAGAGAGAGAGAGAGAGAGAGAGAGAGAUCAAAACCAGUCAAGCGAGCUGUUUUUGGGACGAGAGACCGAGGAAUCAGAGAGAGAAAGUUCUUGCUUGGUAGGUAAGCGGACAAAUCUCUGAAGAUGACGAAAGUGUGUCCUGAGAUGACGCUGUCUGAAGCAGUUCUUCCGGUAUCAGCGGAUGUUAGUUUUGCAUCUAACCAUUUUCCAAAGUACAAGUUUGGACCUGACAAUCAGAUCGUGGAAGAACCAAAGGAAGAUGAAAAGGGUCCUUCCGUGAAAGAAAUCGUUGAGAAGGAGACCGAGCAACUAUCUGAGCAGCACAAGCGCCUUUCUGUUCGUGAUCUCGCUAGUAAAUUUGACAAGAACUUGACCGCUGCUGCGAAUUUGACCGAUGAGGCAAAGCUGAGAGAGGUGGCUUCUUUGGAGGGACAUGUCAUGUUGAAGAAACUAAGGGAUGCUUUAGAAUCUCUGAGAGGCUGCAUGGCCGGACAAAACAAGGAAGAUGUCGAGAAAGCUAUCUCCAUGGUUGAGGCUCUAGCCGUCAAGUUAACUCAGAACGAAGGUGAACUGCUACAAGAAAAAUUCCAAGUGAAAAAGCUAGCAAACUUCCUCAAGCAGGCUUCAGAAGAUGCAAAGAAACUGGUAAACCAGGAAAAGUCAUUUGCUUGUGCCGAGAUUGAAAGUGCUCGGGCUGUUGUUCACAGGCUUGGAGAUGCCUUUACGGAACAGGAGCGGAGUUCUGAAGCUUCUAAAACUCAGGGGCCUGAUGUGGAGAAACUAGUAGAGGAGGUUCAGGAGGCCAGACGGAUCAAAAGGAUGCAUCAACCGACCAAGGUGAUGGAUAUGCAACAUGAGCUUCGUGCUUUGAGAAAUCAAAUCCGAGAGAAGUCCGUAAACUCGGUUAAGCUUCAGAAGGAGAUUGCGAUAGUCAAGAGGACCGACGAGUCCAAGUCCCAUCUGUAUGCUCUAGAUGGCAAACAAAGUCUUGGGUCGUUCUUGAGAAUUCGUUCUUGCUCAGAUAACGCUCCAAAUAUUUCCGAAUGUUCAGUCCAGUGGUACCGUGCUGCAUCGGAGACUAGUAGAAGAGAAGCUAUAUCUGGUGCCAACCGAACGGUAUAUGCUCCGGAACCAUUUGAUGUCGGGCGAGUUCUGCAGGCAGACGUCUGUUUUAAUGGGCAGAAAGUUACCUUAACGACCGACAGUCCAAUCGAUCCCGCCGCCGGAUUGCAAUCCCACGUCGAGUCUCUCAUGCGUAAAUCUCACAGCGAAUUCAACGUGGUUAUUUCGCAGAUGAAUGGCCAAGAUCAUGCCUCAAGAUCCAAUCAUGUACUUAGCAUUGGAAAGAUGAGGAUAAAGCUGUGUAGGGGAUGGAUCACCAAAUCCAGAGAAAUAUAUUCCACCUUCAUGCAGCUCUGCGGGGUGAGAGGAAAGGCUAAUGCUCCUGCCAAGGCAUUGUUCUGGCAGCCCAGGAAGGGUCUAACCUUCGUGCUAACGUUCGAGUCAGAGAAAGAUCGUAAUGCGGCCAUUGUACUCGCCCGGAAAUACGCCUUUGACUGCAACGUCACUUUGGUCGGACCGGAUGACUGAUGGAGCGAACGCGUUAUGUUGUUAACCAACUGAAAUUUUUCUUCUUCUUCUUACGAUUCAGCAUUUGCGUGUGGCUGGAGCACCAUUGUUGAAAAACGGUGCAAGUUUGGCUUCUUCUUCUUCUUCCUCCACUGAUGAUCAUGUUUUGCUGCAUAGUUUUAGGCAGCAAUCUGUUCUCUUUCCACUUUUGUCUGAUCCCCCAACCCGCAGUUUGAUCUGGUUGGAAUUUUUUCUUGUUUGAUUUGUUUGUUUUGUACCCAACAUUGCUGAUCAGCUUAUCAGUGUGAGAGAAUGGAAUUCAGAUUUUUAUUGUAUGUA